UAUAAAUUUCUGUCAGAUGUCAAAAAAAUGUCUAGAACAGUAAAGAGUUUGUGCUAGAAAGUUCAUAACGAAGUAAUUUGGGCAAACUUAGUUUUUUGUUCCUUUAGCAAAGAAAAAUGGGAAAGAAAAAAGGGAAACAAGAAAAAGGCAGAGGUGAUCCAAAUGAAGCUUCAUCCAAACAUCCUCAGACUUCUCAACAACCUCAGGCUUCUCAAAAGCCUCAGGUUUCUCAACAGCCUCAGGCUUCUCAACAGCCUCAGGCUUCUCAACAAGCUCCUCGAUCUGCAUGGGGUCAGCAACGCGGCUCCACAACCAGCCAGCAACAGCAGGCUCCGCCAGGGUCUCAACAACCCCCACCUGUAUGGCACAAACAGCAGCAUGUCCCACCAUCAGUACAAGGCCAGCAACAACAGAUGCCACAGCAGCAAAGAGCACCUAUACAGGGCCAGCAGCAACAAAUGCCACAGCAGCCAAGAGGUUAUCCUCAACAUCAACAGCAAUAUGCCCAAGCACCUAUACAGGGCCAGCAGCAACAAAUGCCACAGCAGCAAAGAGGUUAUCCUCAACAUCAACAGCAGUAUACCCAACCGCCUAUACAGGGCCAGCAGCAACAGAUGCCACAGCAGCAAAGAGAUUAUCCUCAACAUCAACAGCAGUAUGCCCAAACACAUAUACAGGGCCAGCAGCAACAGAUGCCACAGCAGCAAAGAGGUUAUCCUCAACAUCAACAGCAGUAUACCCAACCGCCUAUACAGGGCCAGCAGCAACAGAUGCCACAGCAGCAAAGAGGUUAUCCUCAACAUCAACAGCAGUAUACCCAACCACCUAUACAGGGCCAGCAGCAACAGAUGCCACAGCAGCAAAGAGGUUAUCCUCAACAUCAACAGCAGUAUGCCCAAACACCUAUACAGGGCCAGCAGCAACAAAUGCCACAGCAGCAAAAAGGUCGAGGUAGAGGAAACCCACCAAACCAACAAAAACCUGUUGGCUCAGGUGAUGCACCCAGCAAAAUAUCAGGCAGUAAAGAACAACAUAGUGGUGGUCAACAACAAGGAGGCCAAUUACCUGGUGCAGCAGGAGAUGGCUCAAAACAAGCAGGUCGAGGUAGAGGAAAACCACCAAACCAACAAAAACCUGGUGGUUCAGGAGAUGCACCCGGCAAAAUAUCAGCUCCUCCCACACAGGAAGUGAGUAAAGUGUCUGUUGAAGAAUUUCCUCUAAUAACAGUCAAGCCUGGUACUAAAGGUAGGAAGAUAAAAGUAGAGACCAAUCAUUUGGCAUUGAACUUGGGAAAACUAGAUUUUGCUUAUCAUUAUGAUGUAGCUUUGGUGCCUGAUACACCAAAGAAAUUUUUACGUACUGUCAUGGAAAUUUUUAGGAAGCAAUAUUAUCCAACAAUUAAUCCUGCUUUUGAUGGUAGAAAAAAUUUGUACAGCACAAAAAAAAUUUGUCCUAACGAUUUCAUAAGCGGCGAAGUUGAUAUUAAGGAUUCAGAAGGUAGAACUAAGUUGUAUAAAGUUGAAGUAAAGUUGGCUAAUCAGGUUGAUUUAAGACCACUGAGAGACUAUAAUUUAUCAAGACAUACUCCUAGAGAAGCUCUACAGGUAGUUGAUAUUGUCUUGAGGUCUGCUCCAGCGCAGUUUCUGAUAACAUCCGGUAGAAGUUUUUUCCAUAAACCACGAGAUCAAAUUUUGAAUUUGGGAGAAGGCAUGGAAAUGUAUUAUGGCUUUUACCAAUCUGCUAUUAGAGGAUGGAAACCAUACUUGAAUGUUGAUGUUGCUCAUAAAGCUUUUCCUAAAGAUAUACAAGUAAUUGAAUCGUUGAAAGAAGUUUUGAGUGACAGGUUCAAUCCCUUUGGAGACGCAGAUCUUAAUAGACCUUUAAAUAAUUCACAUAAGAUGAAAUUUGAGAAGUUUAUUAAAACCUUGCGGGUUAUAUACGAAAUUCCUAAACAAUCUAAUUCGAGAAGAGUAUUCCGAGUUAAUGGAUUAGAAGAAUGUGCGAGAUUAAAAACUUUUGGCAUGGAAGCAGAUGGAAGAGUGACACAAAUAACAAUUCAAGAUUAUUAUGCAAGACACAAACGAUAUCAAUUGAGAUAUCCUGAUUUACCAACACUCUGGGUAGGCUCAACAGCUAGGAGAGACAAUCCAAUUUUGGUGCCAAUGGAAUUGUGUAAAUUAGAAGAAGGACAAGUGUUGAAUCGAAAAAUGACUGAAAAUCAAACUGCUGAGAUGAUCAGAUAUUCGGCUACAAAUACAGAUAGAAGAAAAGAAAAAAUUCGUAACGGAAUGCAACAAGCCAAUUAUAAUUCACAUCCUACAGUGCGUGAGUUUGGGUUUUCUGUAUCUGAUAAAUUUGAACAAUUGGAUGCUAGAGUCUUAACUCCCCCUGAUCUGGGAUACAUCAAUGGAAAAGUGACACCUGCCAAAGGCGUAUGGAGAAAUUAUAAAUUUAUGACUACCACUCCAAUUAAUAAAUGGACUAUAGUUUUUGCAGAUAGAAGAGAUCCGAGGCCGAAUGAAGUUGCUAAAUUUGUAACAGAAUUAUUUAACGCAGCUAAAGGAACUGGUAUACAGUUAGCAGACCCAGUAAAACCAUUCCAGAACAUUGGAGAUAGAUUACCAAACAUACAAAGUUACUUUAGAUCUGUUAAAGUACAAAAAUAUGAUGUAAUUUUUGUACUUGUACCAAAUAGUGGUCAACAAUAUUCCUUCGUUAAAACCGCCGCUGAGAUCAAUGUGGGUUGCUUAACUCAGUGCAUUAAAAUGAGAACGUUGGGUAGAGCAAAUAUGCAAACGUGCGUUAACAUUUUAUUAAAAGUGAAUGCAAAGUUAAAUGGAACUAAUCAUUGUUUGGCCACACGUCCUCUGAUAUUGAACAAACCAUGCAUGAUUAUGGGUGCUGAUGUUACUCAUCCAAGUCCUGAUUCUCAGAAUAUUCCUAGUGUUGCGGCUGUGACAGCUUCUUUUGAUCCAAAAGCCUUCAGAUACAAUAUUUGUUGGAGAUUGCAACCCCCUAGGGCUGAAAUUAUAGAAGAUUUGGAAAAUAUAGUUGUUGAACAGCUAACUUAUUUUUACACAAGUAACAAUGGUCAGAAACCCCAUAGAAUAAUAUUUUUCAGAGAUGGAGUAUCAGAAGGACAGUUCGAUCAAGUAAUACAAGCGGAAAUUAGAGCUGUUAGAGCUGCCUGUAAAAGGAUUCAAGCAACUGAUUAUGAACCUGCUAUAACAUUUUUAGUAGUUCAAAAAAGACACCACACUCGUCUAUUUCCUCUAAAUCGUGCUGAUUCAGAGGAUAAAAAUUUCAAUGUUCCAGCAGGGACUUGCGUGGAUUACCAAAUAACACACCCAUUCUUACAAGAUUUCUAUCUAGUAUCCCAUGCCAGUAUUCAAGGAGUAGCUAAACCUACCAAAUAUUGCACUCUGUUGGAUGACAAUCAAUUAUCAAAUGACGAUAUUGAAGAAUUAACAUAUUUCUUAUGUCACAUGUUUACGCGAUGCAAUAGAUCCGUCAGUUAUCCCGCUCCGACGUAUUAUGCACAUUUGGCUGCAGCUAGAGCCAAAGUAUACAUCGAAAAUGACAGAUUGGAUCUAGGAAAUUUAAAACGGGAAUAUGAAAAAUAUAUAAUACAGGACAGCAUAAGGAAAGAAAAGCCAAUGUUCUUUGUAUAAUCAUUAUAUAUUAUAUAUAUUAUUGUUCAGAAUCUUUUUUUUAAUUAAUAGUAUUAUGCAUGAUUUAUUUAGAAUAUAUAAUUUCGAUAAGUGCUUAUCUAAAUAUUAUAAUAAUGAUUAAGUUUUUGAUAAUUCUUCAUUAAAUCAAUUUUAGUAUCAUUUUUCACAUUAUAGAAAAACACUUUGUUAUUAAUACAAUUUGGUAAUCAUAUUUGUAAUGUGAUAGUUUAAGUGCUUAUUAAAAUUUCAUAGAAUUGAUAAAAUUGUUGAUAAUACCUGAUACCUUUUUUGCUUUAUACAAAAAUACUUUAUAUUAUUGGUACAAUUUGGUAGAUUUGUUAUAGUGCUUUAUACUAGAAUUUAAAUAAAUGUUUGAAAUGAUGAAUUACAGACUGUACUUACCAAUAUGGCGAUUUAAAUAAAUACAUAUAUCUAAAUA